UUUUGUUUACGCGCCAAUUUAUUUAUUGUUGUUUUUAAUUUUGAAAAGUUUUUUUUUUAUCAUCAAAUUAAAGUUGUUACUUUAAACAAACAAUUUAUUCUCAAAAUGGAUCCAGCUGUAAUUGAAUUUAUUGGUGAAAAAACAACAAUUGGUGUAAUACCAAAUUUUUCAUUCGACCCCAUUCAUUUGAUCUCUGGAAGCAUUGGACCGUUCCGAGCUGGAAUGCCAGUUCAUGUUCCUCUUUGGUUGGCCAUUCAUUUGAGAAAACAACAAAAAUGUCGCAUUGUUCCACCAAUGUGGAUGGAAUUGGAGUUGUUAGAAGAAAUCAAAGAAGAAGAGAAGCGCUCGAGAUUCUUCACUAAAAUGCCCAGCGAACAUUACAUGAUUGAAGCUCAAUUGAUUCUUAGCACUGCUCCAGAUGAUGUACCGAAAUGUGAAGAGAUUCGUACAAUCAUUAAAGAUAUCUUUGACAUUCGGGAGUCCAAACUACGUACUUCAAUUGAUGCAUUUAUUAAAGGCGAAGGUACCUACGCCAAAUUGGAUAACUUAACUUUACUUGAGAUUCAUAGUGUUCGACCGAUAUUGCCUCAUGCAUUGGAUCACAUUUCUAGGUAUCAACGUGCAGCAGUGUCAUCUCAAAGAGACACAUCUUCUCUGGGUUUGAGUUCGACGAGUGCUAACACAAGUUCCUUCUUUAACAGUCAGUAGAAGAUAACUUUAAAGUAAAAGAUUAGUUUAAGUCAGUCGGUUGUUUGUUAUAAGAUUUUAUAUAAGCUUGUUUUGUUAUAGAAAAAUAAAUAUGCAUUUCCUUUGGGCAGAAUCAAUUGA